AUGCCACCUGAAAGAUUGAUCGAGACCAAAGCUCAGAAAGCCUGCCGCCACUGCCGUCUCCAUAAGCGGAGAUGUGACAAGCGUUUACCUAGAUGCUCGCGAUGCUGCUUGAAACUACUCAGAUGCGAAUAUGAUGACGACGCGCCGAUUGAAGAGACGGAACCAGAUACCAAGCUGCUGUGGAGCGAGCACCUAGCCAUCAAACGAGACUCUUGCGGCCUCGAAUUGACUCCAGCAGGCGAGAAGCAGCUCCUAUGGAUCGCUUGCCAGACUCAAGAGCAGCAUUCCGAUCAAGCUGACACCAAGUCGUUGAUGAGUCUAGUCAGCGACACCUUCAAGUAUGGCGACACCUCCGCGGAGCAAGUCUCGAAUAGGUACUUUGCCACAGCCCACCACUGGAUACCCAUUGUAGACGAACCAAGGUUCAAGUUCACUCUUCGAGUCAAUCGAAGCAAAACAGAACUCUACCACGAUUCCUUCGCAUUGCUACUCUUGUGCAUGCUCCUGAUGAAUCAACAACCCUGUUACCACCCUAAUCACACCCCCAACAGCGCGCUCUAUCGGACCACAAGGCGGCUAUUCUCUCUUCUCAACACGCCUACCAUUGACACAUAUUCCCUCGCAAGGCUGCAAGCAGGUCUGCUACUAUCUGCGUACGAGUGUGGGCACGGGAUGGCCAGAGAGGCUAGCUCAACAUUGGCAUCGUGUUUCGGCCUCAUCAGGCAGCUAGACAUGUCCGCCGUGCAGAAUAAAGCCGAGAAUGGGCAUGGGUACAAAGACGCCCAAGAGCCCGAUAGAAGGCUGUGCUGGGCCAGCAUCGUCUUUUUAGAUCGCUCCAUCGUUCUUUCAUGUGCAGACAACACCGCUGCGCUUCUUAUUCCGACCAGUGCAAUCUUGCCUCAAGAUGCUGUUCCCUACAUGAAUAAAGACAAGUAUGCUCUUAUGAACACUGCCACCAAGUUCCAAACAAGAGCCUACUCAGCCCUCUUAAUCGGCGAGGCUAUAAAAGCCGUCCACGGUGAUCCAGAGUCUUCGGAGUGCAUAGAAGCAGAGAAGCUACUCCACGAUCUCGUCCGGCAGCAUGCAGCAACCUCCCAAGGGGAGUCAUAUCCCGUUUGCGAAGGCGUAACCAUGGCUCUUAGUGCCGUCGUAUCAGCCUACAGGAAUAGGGCAAAGCGCCUUGGGUGGUCUGCUGCCCCCGACGCAAAGCUCAACCUCGACCUCCAAUUUGCCUACAACAUAGUGUUCGAGAUGUGCCGAGUUGAAGGCCUCAUCAUGGGAAAGAGGGAUACAUCCCUCAACAGAAUGUGUUUUUCUGGGUUGGGCUGUCUCUACCGCGCAGCAGUAGACCUGGUCGAGGUCCACCCCAGGAGGGCCUUGCCCGAAGACGUCAAACAGCUACGGGAAAACCUAGAGUGGUUCUCGGGUCAUUGGAAAGUGGCAGAUGUUUUGCUACAGCGGCUGAAUCGGAACGUCAAGAUCAGGUCCAUGCAGUUCGCUAUGUUUUCACGUUCUCAUGAAUAA